AUGACCAAAGAUGUGGGUGAUUGCGCGGCAAUAAAGAAGUCGGCAUGUCAGCAACAGCAACAGCAGCCCAAGAAGCGCAGGAGGAUCAGAUUGUUCAAGCAAGACCUUGAGCCAAUCGACGGCCGCCUCAUUCGAAACCCUCCUCCCAAAGCUGUUGCUCCCUACACGGCCAGGUCGGAGUUGGAGGACGCUUCUCUGCGCUUCUUGAUACAUCACUAUGUGACUGUGAUUGUCGAACGCACAGUUACAUGUGUUGGUCCACGUUGGGAAUGGUAUCCGUUGGCAGUGAGGGACCCAGCUUUCUUCAAUGCGCUCAUCUCUUCGACCUCUUCCCAUGCGGCAUAUCUUCAGCAAGUCGACCUUCCUAGAAACUUUUUCUACCACCGAGGUGAGGCUAUUCGAUUACUCAACGAGAGGAUACGCCAGGGCGCGCAUGAUGAAGGGACUAUAAAUUGUGUUGCUCUGUUCUCUCAGCAGGAAUCACUCGAGGGGCGCCCAGAAACGGCCUUGACCCAUAUCAACGGUCUGCUCACCAUAGUCUCCGCUCUUGGCGGACCUCAUUCUCCGAGAAUAUCUCCCCAAACAAGGAGGCAUAUCUAUCUGUCCGAUCUAGUAGCAUGUAUUUCGCUAGAUAGCAAGCCUCUGAUCGAACCUGCAUUGGACUUGUCGGGUCUCGAAUCGAUCUUUGGGAGACCGAGUGCCGCAACUGGCUCGUAUACCAAAACAUUUGGGAACAGAUUGUAUAACUUUACCGGCUCUUCCCUGUCCGAUCUUGCCGGAACUGUUCUCUGGGGUCUCCGCAAUGUUUCGGAACGACUUGAAGGCAUACAUGCAGGUACCGAGAUGCUCGAUACACUAAGGCCCACCGAUAUACAGUUCACAGACCGUGUGGAAGCUCUGGAAAGACUGGUCCAUGGUUUGUGGUACGUCGAAGAUCCAGAAAAUCCACAGCAUCCCAUUUUCCGGACAUUUGGUUGGGCCUCUCUGAUAUACAUCUACACCAUCCUAAGAGAAUUACCAAAGGAACUCGGGGUAAACACUAUGUUAGCAAAUCGUAUCAAGUUAGCCCUAGAAGCCUGCCCGGACCUCAAUGUUCUUUUGGCCACUUUUCAAGAUCUGCUUCUGUGGCAGAUGUUCCUUUGUGGUCGUGUUGCAGACUCUCGGGACCGACCUUUCUUUGCCCAGCAAGCGACCAAGAUAUUGAUAGUGCGGAAGACAGAGAACUCCGAUGAGAUUUUGGCUGCUUCAAAGGAAUUCUUGUGGCCUGAAAGGAUAGUCGAGAUCACCGAAGAUGAAAGCGAGGAAAGUGGUGUUUCGUACUCUUCGGACGAAGCCAUGAAGAAUGGACUCGCUUGA